CCUUGAGCGCCCCGCGGCCCCCGAGGCACCCUCUGGCAGUCUCUGCGGUGGGUACGGCCGGGGCCGACGAUACGACGCGCGCAGGCGCGGAGCCCAGACCUCGCUGCAGCCCCCAUUGCCUCAGGGAGUCGCACCCUCGGAGUACGCCCGCUGGCGCGUCAGUGCUCUCCCUCUCGUCCACCCUCGCGGGUUCCUACGCGCCCGGAUGGCGGAGCUGCGGCCUAGCGGCGCCCCCGGCCCUGCCGCGCCCCCAGCCCCUGGCCCUACUGCCCCCCCGGCCUUCGCUUCGCUCUUCCCCCCUGGACUGCACGCUAUCUACGGAGAGUGCCGCCGUCUGUACCCUGACCAGCCCAAUCCGCUCCAGGUUACCGCUAUCGUCAAGUACUGGUUGGGCGGCCCAGACCCUUUGGACUAUGUUAGCAUGUACAGGAAUGUGGGGAGCCCUUCUGCCAACAUCCCUGAGCACUGGCAUUAUAUCAGCUUUGGCCUGAGUGACCUCUAUGGCGACAGCAGAGUCCAUGAGUCUUACUGCCUUCCAUAUCAUUGUGUCAAAUGCUUUACAGUCUUAUCAGGUUCUUUUGUUAUCUCCGUUUUAUAGAUGAGGAAACUGAGUCCUUUGAGGGGUUAUAUGAAUUGCCUAAAGUCAUGCAUCUAGGCUAUAAAAGAGCUAGGAUUGAAUUUAGCUGAGUUGAAACUCUAAGCUUUUAACUAUUGGGCUAUACCACCUCUCUGAUCACAGGUCCAGCCUAACUUCCUGUUCUGCCUUGUUAAGCUUGGAGGCUCAGGCCUCAUCUUAUUUAUCAUGUGCCCGUGUUGGGAGCAAUGCCUGGGCCUGCCUUUACAGCCUUCCAAAUGAAUCCACUGCAAUGUCAGCAGAAGGUUUUGGAAACAGGGAAUUAAUCUUGCCUGAAUGGGGACCUUGCAUUACAAUAUUAAUAAUGGAGAUAGAAUAGCAAACAGAUUGAUUAAAGAUGGCGGUAUGAGAGGUAAGACAGAGGUA